AUGAUCGUCAGCUGAAAAAUGCGCCAUAUUUCUGAAAACAACUCUCAUGGCCCAGCCUUUUAUCCAAGUUCGAGGGAAUAAAUUCGUUGUCAGAGGCCCUAGUAAUGCCGAGGACGAAAUCGUACUACGAGGUGCAGGACUUGGAGGAUGGAUGAUGAUGGAAAACUUCAUAUCAGGCUUUCCCGCUUGCGAAUUCCAUGUCCGUGAAGCUCUGGCUACCUCCAUUGGACAGGAGCAAGCCAGCUACUUCUUUGAAAGGUUUCUGGAGUAUUUCUUCACCAAAGCUGAUGCUGUCUUCUACAAUUCUCUCGGACUGAAUUGUAUUCGCAUCGCCAUCAAUUACAAGCAUUUCGAAGAUGACAUGAAUCCCCGCGUUCUCAAGAAUGAUGCAUUCAAACAUCUCGAUCGCGUUGUUUCCUUGUGUGCUGAUCAAGGCAUUUACACUAUCAUCGAUUUACAUGCUGCACCCGGAGGACAAAGUGGUGGUUGGCAUGCAGACGCUGGAACUCACCUCGCUAAUUUCUGGAGACAUAAAGACUUUCAAGACAGAUUCAUUUGGCUAUGGGAGCAAAUCGCUGUUCAUUACAAGGAGAACACCUGGGUUGCCGGUUAUAACCUUCUCAACGAACCAGCCGAUCCCCAUCCUACUCAUGCUAGACUUCUAAAUCUCUAUGACCGAACAUGUCAUGCCAUCUCGUCUAUCGAUCCCAACCAUAUCAUCUUCUUAGAUGGCAACACGUUCGCCACGGACUUUAGCCAUUUCCCCGACGACGCCGCAGAACGCUGGGGUACCAACGUCGCGUUUGCAAUCCACGACUACGCCACAUAUGGAUUUCCAAAAUUCGAAAACAGGGCAGAGCACGGUGUAUAUACAGGAAGUGAUGAGCAAAAGCAAAAAAUGCGUAUCACUUACAAGAAAAAAAGGCAGUGGAUGGAUGAGCGCGGGUUCUGCGUUUGGAACGGUGAAUGGGGACCGGUUUAUGCUAGGGAGGAAUAUGACGGGGGGAAUGAAAAGAUGGUGGAGAUCAAUAAGAGGAGGUAUAUGGUUUUGAAGGAUCAACUGGAAAUUUAUCGUGCUGAUCGCUUGAGCUGGUCCAUCUGGCUCUACAAGGAUAUCGGGUUUCAAGGCAUGGUUUACGUGUCGCAAGACACGCCUUACAUGAAACAUUUUCGUUCAUUUCUUCUCAAGAAGUAUCGGAUUGCUGCUGAUGCGUGGGGUGCAGACGACAAGCUCGUCAAGGGAAUAUACGAUCCGAUUGUCAAGCUCAUCAAGGACUCGGUAUCAGCAUCUGAUCAGAACAGAAUGUAUCCACCAUUAUGGAGUACGGAGGAGCGUGUCACUCGGAUAGGGAGAACGAUUUUGGUGGCAGAAUAUCUGGUAGCUGAGUGGGCUGACAUGUUUAAGGAGUUCGUGACUGGAGAUGACUGGAAAGCCAGACUCGACGAUUUGGCGAAAAGUUUUCAGUUUGAGAACUGCGUAAAGAGAGACGAGCUGAAUGAGGUGUUACAGAGGAACGCAGGUACUAUUUAGUAUCGUUUGUAGAUCAUACUUAAUUCCGGUCAAAUCGUUCGGGGAGCACACUUGAAAUUCAUCAUUAUUUCAAGCAGAAAACUUACC